AGGGGCGGGCAGGCGCGUGACGCCCGCGCCCCGCCUCCCGCUGCCGCUUUUGCUGCUCCCGGCGCCGCCGCCGCGUCGGCCCAGCGUGGGCUGGCGGCGGAGCUGCAGUCAUGGAGCCGGAGCGCGAGUGCCGGGUGCUGUCCAUCCAGAGCCACGUCGUGCGCGGCUACGUGGGCAACAAGGCGGCCACCUUCCCCCUGCAGGUUUUGGGAUUUGAAGUUGACACAGUGAAUUCUGUCCAGUUUUCAAACCACACAGGUUAUGCCCACUGGAAGGGUCAGGUAUUAAAUUCUGAUGAACUUCACGAACUGUAUGAAGGACUUAAGCUGAACAAGGUCAACCAAUAUGAUUAUGUACUCACAGGAUAUACAAGAGACGCAUCAUUUCUUGCAAUGGUGGUGGAUAUCGUCCAAGAGUUGAAGCAACAGAAUUCUAACCUAGUAUAUGUGUGCGAUCCAGUGAUGGGAGACAAAUGGAAUGGAGAAGGCUCCAUGUAUGUGCCUAAAGAUCUCCUCCCAGUCUAUAGGGACAAAGUUGUACCUGUUGCUGAUAUAAUUACUCCUAACCAGUUUGAGGCUGAGUUACUUACUGGGAGGAAGAUUUACACAGAAAAAGAUGCUUUAGAGGUAAUGGAUAUGCUCCAUGCCAUGGGACCAGAGACUGUGGUGAUAACCAGCUCAGAUCUACAGGCACCGCUAGGAAACGACUACCUGAUUGCUUUGGGAAGCUACAGGAAAACUAAUGCAGAUGGCACCAAGAUAACACAGAGAAUUCGAGUGGAAUCUCCUAAAGUGGAUGCUGUCUUUGUUGGAACAGGAGACUUGUUUGCUGCUAUGCUUUUGGCAUGGACACAUAAGCAUCCAAACAACUUGAAGGUGGCAUGUGAAAAGACUGUGUCAGCCAUGCAACAUGUUCUGCAGAGGACCAUUAAGAGUGCAAAAGCACAAGCUGGAGAAGGAAACAAACCAAACUCAGCCAAUCUGGAACUGAGAAUGGUCCAAAGCAAAAAGGACAUAGAGAACCCAGAAAUCAUAGUGAAAGCUACUGUGUUAUAAAGGCUGUAUGUCUCCAGCAACGCACAAUGUAUUGAUGUCCUCAUUUUUUUCCUGUAAAUUGUAAUAUUUGCCUUAGAUCUGUGACAGAAACCUGACUUUCAUGAAAUAGUGCCCAGCAUAGGCAGAUAUCCACUCUCAAACAUAUGUGCUGGCCUUGCUCGAUUUUAAAAACAAAACAGAGUCAGUAUGCAUUAAAGCAUAUUACCAGGUAUCAAAAUGGCUGUCAAAUUCACUUUAUUUGUGUAAUUUCCCAGGGCAAGAGAGUACAAUGUUCCUGCCUUGCCAAAGACUUCAGAUGUGAAUUUGCUAAUGGAAUGCUUGACUGACUGGAGAAUAUAUUUCAAGACGGCAUCUAGUGCCAACGGAGCUUGCUACAAGCUCCCUUUUCCUAGAGAGAUAUGGUUACCUACUCUGGUAUUCAGUAUCUCAGCUGCUACGAAACUAAGCAGGGUUAAAACUACACACAAAGCUCUGGAUGUGUGUAGAGGUACUUUGAAGAUGUUUGGCAUUUAAGUACUCUGAAGUGACCUUGAGGUGUCUGUCAUUAAUGUUACUGAUAACUGCUCCUGUUUCUUGUCUUAUGAACAGCUGCACAUUUUCAGUUUUCGCAGGUACUGGCUGCUAAUUUCUGAUGUCCACUGGUGCCCUCAUGUUUUUCUUCCAAAACUCUGCUUCAGAAAUACUUUCAUUAAUAAGAACAUAUUCAUUCAGUAGCACUGACUACAAGUUUGUAGAUUUACCUCUGAGGCCAGGCUUGAUGCUUUGUUUUUUUUUUUAACUAAGGACAAAUGUUAUUUAAGGACAAAAGAGAAAGCAGCUCCUACUCUGAAGGCUGACAGCAAUUAUUUUUCUUCAUGGAUGUAUUUACACUGUGUAGAGUGCUUCCACUUAGCAAUAGUGAGCACUAUUGGCAGCUUAUCAACGAAGCAAUGUGGUAACAGCAAUACAUGUGGCUUAGGAAAUUGCAAAUGUUUACCAAAUUCAGGACAGCAUACAAAAUUUGUUCAUAAUGUAAUUCUCUGUAACUCUGUAACACUCUGAGAUCACAGAAAUAUGUUCUUAUUUAUCUCUUGAACAUUUUUCAUUUCAAAAUUCAACUUCAUUAGCCUUCAAAAUGGAUGUUUUACUAAUUUCAGUGUCUAGUAUAUCACAGCCACAUAAUGCACCAGUAGAAAGAUAGGCUGACAAGUACUGAACACUCCUAGCUCCUGUUGAUUUCUGUAUGGGACUGAAGUUCUCACUUCUCCCAAGGGGAGAUCUGGUGUGUUUUUAGAUCCAAAUUCAGUUGAUAUUUUUUCCUUAGAUGUCAUAGGCAGAUAAAAAUUUCACUUCUGCUUGAAGCAGAUUUCUUCAUGAAGCAAAUUCGCAUUAGGGGAACGAGCAGCUCUGGGCCUUUCUUGAUGAUGUGAAAUUCACUGUUGGAUGUCUGCCAGAUACGUUUCCUGCCCUGUUCCUCAUCACACCUGCUUAAUUGUCACUUGCAUAAUGUGGGAGUCCCCAGCAGAGCUGGUCUGGAGAUUGCUUUUGCCACUGCAGACUUCAUUUACCCCACCAUUUUGUGGAUAUUGAUGUUGUAGAAGUUGAAUGGUUUCACUUAGUGGAGGAGUAAUUUAUUCUUAAAGUUACUUUUAAUUCAAGAGAUUUUUAUUUUUAGAGUAAGAUUUUAUAAUUAAUGUACUUCUGAAAUCCCUCAUUUUCAGUACCUCUAAAGCAAAUGAGGUAUUUCAAAUGAAAUUGAAGAGAUGAGCACACUUUGCAGUAUAUGUAAGAGGCAAAACCCAGGUUUUUAGUCUCCUCAACUAAUACUGCUAUUUUCUCUCAUACAUUUGACAUUAAACAUUUAAAAAGAAAAGAGAUUCAAAUUUUAAGAAAAAAAAAGAAAACACAGAAGUGGACUACAAAAUGUGACUCUGCUGCCAUGGUUUAUAGUAAUCACUGCCAUGAAAUAACUUUCUAUGAAUAAUAAUAUUGGUGAUGUGAACUGUCACUAAAAUUAGCAGUCAGUAACAGAGAUGAAUUCAUGGCAGAAAGACAUGAACUGUCUUACCUGUGUGUGUAAAUCUGAUGGGAAGGAGUAAAAAGAGGGAGCCAUGCACUACUCGGUGUCUGGUGGGAAGAUGAGAGGCAAUGGGUGUAAAUCAAAAUACAGGAAAUUCUGCUGAAACAGAAUUAAAAAAAAAAAGAAAGAAAGAAAAAAAAAAAGAUUAUGAACGUGAAUGAACACUGAAGCAAGUUUCCCAGAGAGGUUGUGGAGUCACCAUCCUCGAGAGAUGUUCAAGCAUUGAGAUUCUGAAGCUCUUCACAUUAGGGGAUCAGCAGUAGAGAAAAGCUCCAAAUUGACCUUUUUUUUUCUUUUUUUCUUUUUUCUUUUUUUUUUUUUUCUUUUUAAGCAGUGUUAGCUAUGCACUGUCAAAAUUUGCUGUCAAAGAAACCCUAACCUGUUCUAAGACUGUACUACAGAAAAACCCUUUUAGAAAGGGUGACGCAGCACAAUUGUUUUUGGCACCAAAGAAGUAGGCUUUCAAAGGGGAACUGAGAGAAAGGCAGAUCUUUAUUUCAUUGAAAUAAGCUUGGAAUUUAGGAAAUAUAAAUGUACCUUACAAAGAAGGUUUUAUGUGUUAACCACAAUCAACCUUAAUCUUAGCAUAGAAGAGAAAGUGAGGUGUUUUCUGAGCAGCUUACACCCAUCAGAUGUGAUCUCUACCUACUGUUUCAAAGAAAGGAGAGUCGCUCCAGUAAUCCAUACCUUUCUUGAAAUCUAUGGCAUAGCCAUGCUGUUCAAGGGAUGGACACAGUAAGGGUAGCUUCAGGGGAAAAAAAAAA